AUACUUUUCUCGAAUCGUUAUCAGAGCAGGGCGAACGAAUUUCGAACAUCACGACACCUACGAGGAGAUCGGCGUUUUCAGUGAAAUAAGCGGAACAUGGGUGCGGCUGGCAGUAGUAACAGAGCACCGUCCCCUUCGAGGGGACGUAACGAGGAGGCGUUUGUCUACGGUGCAGAGGAAUCCUGGUGUCCGGAAUACGCGAACGAAAAUAUACGACAAAGGACGAGGGCCAACGCGUUCGACGUGGGUGAAGAACCUCGAUCCCAGGGACCGAGUCCUUACGCGACCUUCAGAGACGAAGAAUGGUGGAGUCAAAGACCAUCGGCUCCGAGUUUGUCGAACUUGCGAUCUCCUCGCCGAGAAACUUUGUUGACGUACGCAGCGCAGAUGACAGGUUGGCAGACGGCCGAGGGGCACGGCCCUUCGUUCUCUAAUCACCAAGAAACUAUGGAGCUGUGGAAAAUGAUCUCGCAUCUCUCAAAGGCCAAUCAACAAUUGGUAUCCGCGCAUACAGCGACUCUGGCCAAUUUGGAGGCUUUAUACGUCGAGUUAGUAAGGGAAAGGAAAGUCAGAAGACGAGCAGCCACCUCUGACACGGUGGACGAAGCUUUGAAGAAAAGACUGACGAUGGAGCAGGAAAGGGUUGACGAGGAUGAGGAAGAAAGGCGAAAGAUGGAGGACAGAGUGGAGAGAUUGGAGAAUCUUUUGGCGGAUAGUUGGGACGGUUAUCAGUGUAGGCAGAGGGAUGCCUCUCGUCAGGAGAAAGAUAGGAAGCUGAGAUCGAGGGUGGAGAGGCUAGAGGCGAUGAUGAAGUCUCGAGAAUUGGACAAGGAGGACGAACGACAAAGUUUUACGAAUAUUUAUGAUUCAACGAGGAAUCAAGACUCGCAUUGUCGACGGAUAAUCGAUGAUCUUUGUAACAAGCUUCCAAGUGGUAUCGAAGUAGUGCCUGAACACGAGUUUAAAAUGCAAAUCACGAGCGACGAGGCUCGAACGAAGAGCAUUUCUAGAGUAAAUGCCGGACACGUUGAGGAGCAACUCGAAAGAUCGAGGUCUAAGGAUGAAACGGAUUGUUUGGUGAAGCGUUUGCAUUUAGAAGAGCCUAAAGAGCAAGAACGUAGACUAAGUGAUGAAGAGGAAAGGAGUUUCGAUAGGAAGGAAGUGAUCAGAUUGUUAGAGGAGGUCGAAAGUCUGAAGGCUAAGCGAUUGGAGUACAGAAAUGAAAAUGAAAGGUUGGCUAAAGACUUGGCGGAACAGAGGGCGAUAGCGAGGAAGCUGACGAAGGAUUACGAGGAAUCCAAGGCACGACAGGAGCAAGUAGAAUUCAGUUUGCAAAAGCAUAGAGAGGAAUACGAUAAACUGAAGGCGAAAUUUGAUGUCGCCACGAAGGAAACGGAAAGGCUGUUGAAGAAAAUCGACGAGUUCAACGUGUUAAAGGACACUGCCGAAGCGAGGAUCUCUAGUCUCGAACAAGAUCUGCAAAAGUCGUUGUUGGAGAAGGAGGAAAUCAUAAAUAUCGAGAGCCAGAAGACUUUAAAAUUAAAAGCGCAGCUAUCAGAGGAAGUCUCUGAUAAGAAGAAGCAGAUAAAGGCUCUUGAAGACGCUUUGGACGAGAUUCAAAGACUGAAGGAGACUAUCAAGACUGAAAGGAAGGGCGUGGAUGAUGAUCUAAAAGAAGAUAUUGGUCCAAUAGAAUCAAUAGACGAUCCACAAGAAAGCCCCCCUACUGAUCGUGCAAUGAACAUCGAAGAAUUCAAGAAAGAAUUAACCUUGAAGCGGGAAGCCAGACAAAGAGCAAUAGCGGCAGUUUCGUCAGAAAUGGAGCGACUCAGACGAGAAUUAGACGCGGAGAAAGAAGCUCAUUCGGAGACCUCGAGAAUGUUGGAUCUUCUGAGAUCUGCUCAGAACGAUGCACAAGCUCAAACGAGCAUGGUAAAUAAUACUUUGAAAAGGUGUACAGAUAUAGAUCAGAAACAAGACGAGCGUGACUUGGCUAUGCAACGUUUGGAGGCUCAACGAUUAUCCAACAUUUUGAAGAUAUCCGACGAGCUGAGGAGCGACAUCCGCAUUCAAAUAGACAAAGCAGAUGAUCUCCGCUACCAGCUGGAAACGGAAUCCGACCAGCACCGGUAUCGUAUCCGUUGUUUGUCAGACUUAACCAACCGGACGCGAGAAGCCGUUUACCUCAGGGAACGCCGUGCCAACGAGUUGAAGGACCAUCUAGCGCAGAUUCUUCUCCAACUCGGAGACAGAAGCUUCUUGGAGUUGAAGGACGACGUUGGCCUGGAGUGCGAACGUCAGCUAGAGAAUAUCAAUAGCCUGAAGAGCCUCUACAACGAGAGGCUGAAAGUGCUGAACGAACUGAAGGAGACGGCCAUCAGGGAGCUCGCGGAGACCAGGGUGAGAUUAGAUCACUCGAUGAAACAAUGCGAGUGUCUGGAGGAGGACUUAAAGAAGGCUGACGAGAAGAUGUAUUUUUUUUGGGGGGGGUGGAGACAGAUCGAUGCACAGGAUACGGAGAUAACAAAUUUGGAAUCCCAAUUGGGCCUCACUAAGGCGGAUUGCAGGGAUCUCCAGAAUCAGAUGUCACUAAUUAACAGCUUGUUCACGCAAAUGCUGUUAGGUGCCACCUCUGCUGACAUGGAUCUUGAUCGAUUGACUCAGUUACUUCAGGAGAAUCACGAUCUGAUAUGCGACAUGGCGAGAGAGGAAGGCACCGAGGCCGCAGCGCUUCCAAAACUUCUUCUCGACUUAAUCGAGCAAGUGGAGGGCAGUAAAACAUCUGAGAAACGCGCUGACGGUGAAAACGGAAUUGAAGGCGAAGCAGAGAAGAAAGAAGACGACUUACAGCAGGAAGACAUAGCCCAUAACCUGCCCAAAGUAUGGCGUGUUCUGUUGGAAUUGCUGAGUUGUCACGCAGAAGGUGCUUCGUCCGCUUCCGCGGCAUCUUCCUCGGACCCCAACAUCUGCUACAAGUCUGUCGAUACACCGACUGGUCCCAGAUUGGUGAUCUCAGUCAGCAAAACGUACAUUCGUCUGAAGGAAUUGAUAUUAGAGAAGAAACAUUUGGAGAAGGAGAUGAACCGAAUGAAACAGUUGAACGUCCAUUUGGAAUGCAAACUUGGAGAGCAGGAGAAGAGAUUGUCAGCAGUAUCGGCGGAAUUGAGCAAAACUUGGACGAUAGUCGAUCGAAUGCAGGUCCAACACCAUCAACUUCACACGCAUGAGAAAAUUUUGCGAUACGAAUUGCAGCAAAAGCGUAAAAUGUUGCAAGAGUUGAAGCAGGAGUUGGAAUACUGUCGCGAGAAAUGGGAAUCGGCUAGACAGAAAAACACAAAUACGGAGUUGGAAUGGAGAAGCUUGAGGCGAGAGUUUGCUGCUAGGAAAGCUUUGGCUUCUCAUGAUUCUUUCAACAACAGUGCGGAAAGUGGAUUCAGCGAUGAACGAGGAGACGAUACUGACGAAGAGGACAACGCUGUGGAAGGAAGAAUUAGGCUAGGUCCACGCAGAAGACCGCGAAAGGAGAGUCCUCGAGCACCUACCCCAGAUACAGAAUCAGAGCAGCCAACCGACACGGAACUAUCCGAGCCGAAGACAGGUUCCUCAACAACGUUAGAACAGCGAACACCUACUCCAGAAACGGAGGCAGAGCUAGAUGAUAACGAAGUAGCAGACACGAGUUUAAAUGUUGAAUCUACAAAUGCGAUAGAGUCACCACAGCUGAUGCCAGAAAGUCCACAGGAACCGUUAAAUCCUUUGGAUCAGGCUCUAACGAACGUCAUCCAGGAUCUCAUAGGGAUAGAAAGCAUAACCUCAGCAAACUUUGCAAGUCCAAACGAAAACAUGGUAAAAGACAUGGCCAAGGAGGGUCGUUUGGAAGAAUUAGACAUCAAGGGGCCGACUAUAGAAUCUUGGUCUACGUCGCCUUCGGAAACCAUUACCAAAGAUGAUCUUAUCCUCGAUACUUCGGUAGAUAAUCAGCCAUUGAUGCUCGCAAAUGAUGCUCGAAAUGCAACGAACACGGAUGUUUUUGGCUCGUCUUUGUCAAACGUGUCGUCCUCUUUCAAUUCGUCAGCGAGUGAAGAGAUGGAAGCCAAGGAAAAGCGAGGCACUAGGUCGUUAGACAACGUCGUUGACUCGGAUAACGUGUCGGUGGAUUCAUCGUCGAGUUUGGAAACGGUCAAAGAGUUCUCCACUGCGGCGGGGGAAUCUGCUUCCUCGUGUUUGCCAGGUGAAAUUGGCAAACGAGUCGCCAAUUUGGAGGCUGGUGGGUCGGUGAAACAGGAGGAGAAGAAAGUGGUUGGUGGAAAGAAUAGGACACCGGAGGAGGUUUUAUCAGCUAGGGAGGAUAGGUUGAAAAGAUUGGAGGAACAGGCUAAAUGGUUGAUGAACAAGAUGAACGCGACCAAUAGGAGAGGAUCUGCGUUGAGCACUAGACUUGAAGAGCUUCACGAGGUCUAUGGAGAGCCACCAGUACCUCCUCCUAUGCCCGAUGUUCUGCCCAGUAGAAGAUUAAGGACCACAUUGUCAGAUCUACCUCGUCAGGUACCUGAAUCAUCGACCACUGAGGAUACUAAAAAUACCGAGAAACCAGUCUCGAGUGGCGAUUCCAACGAACCAUCAUCCGAUAACGCGCCUUGAGACGCCUACACUUUUUUAAUUACACGAUUACGCCGCGUUUAUUUUUGUCGAACACGGAAACGUGAAAAACACGCGUCCCUCGCUCGUGUUUCGUCUCGAGAAACGUGUUGGCUCCCAAAGAGGAAUUAUAUAAUUUGAGAUGACACGAUCAAUUUCUCAAAUUUUCAUCCUCAAAAAUAGAUUAAGAAUAAUCUAUUUCUUAAACUGAAAUUAAAAAAGAAGGUAUAAAUGUGUUGUCUCUAAUAUAAUCAAAUAAUUGAAUAAUUAAAUUUUUAAGUAAUUUUGAGAAAGAUUUUGGAACAUAUCAUUGAUUCAAAGCUGUCGAAUAUUUCUAUUAAAUAUCCUUUUUUUUUUGUCUUUAUUUUUUUCAAGCACGAAUCUUUUUUAUUAUCAAUGUGCCGUCAUUUUAUCAAUGUAAGUAAUAAUAACGUCUCGUUGUUCCUAACCGAGAAUUCGUAUGUGAUCACUCUCGAAUCCGUUCCUGUUUUGUACCUUAUACGAAUUGUACCUACUAAUUUCGCUGUAUAAAUAAAGAAUUUAUCAAAAAACCAAC